AUGAUAAAAAACAAAUUUUUAAUAUUUUUCUUAUCGCUAAUUAUUGUUUCCGCUGAAGGAUUAAACAAAGAAAGUGAUGAAGAUAUUCAUUCCGAGGACGAUAGAUUUGACGGUGUCAAUAUUCACGAUGCUUUGAGUCGAAAUCCUGAUGUUCAAACUUUUACGGGUAAAAUCCUGGACAAACAUGGAUAUCCGUGGGAAGAACAUGAGGUCACAACACCCGAUGGUUAUUUACUGACAAUGUUCAGGAUUUCCGGAAGUCCAAGAUCACCUCAAAAAGCGAAUAAAAGUAUUGCUUUUCUGCAGCAUGGACUUUUGAGUUCCUCCGCUGAUUGGGUGGUCACAGGACCAAAUCAGGGACUUGCCUUCAUUUUAGCGGAUGCUGGUUACGAUGUCUGGAUGGGAAAUGCACGUGGCAAUACUCAUUCACGCAAACAUUUGUACUUGUCACCGAAGAAAAAGAAAUUUUGGCAAUUUUCGUGGCACGAAAUCGGACAAAUUGACUUACCUGCGAUGAUAAAUUUUGUCUUGGAGCACACAGGACAAGAAAAAUUACAUUAUAUCGGUCACAGUCAAGGAACAACUUCGUUUUUUGUAAUGGGAGCAUUGGACAAAAACAAUGUGAUGAUGUCGAAAAUCAAGUCAAUGCAUGCUUUAGCUCCUGUUGCCUUCAUGAGUCACUUGAAAUCACCUUUUGUGCGGGCAAUGGCACCAUUUGUCAAUUCAAUAAAUUGGGUAACUUCAAUGCUUGGAAUUCACGAAUUCUUCCCAAGCAACAAAAUGAUGAAAAAAGGCGGAUAUUUCCUGUGUCGCGAUCAAUCGCUUUUCCAAUCUGUAUGUGCCAACGUUUUAUUCCUGAUCGGCGGAUACAAUUCUGAGCAACUUAACCGCACAAUGUUACCUGACAUCCUGUACUAUACUCCAGCUGGGGCAGCAACGGAUCAACUUGUUCACUACGGACAAGAAGUAAAUUCUGGUAAAUUCCGCAUGUUCGACUACGGCAUGUUCGGCAACUUGAAUCGUUAUGGUUCAAUGAAGCCUCCAAAUUACGAUUUGAGCAAAGUUACGGCACCUGUGGCAUUGCAUUAUGGCGACAAUGACUGGUUAGCAGCAGUUAAAGACGUUGAUAAAUUAGCCGAAAAACUGCCUAAAUUGAUCGGGAAAUUCCGCGUUGGGCAUCCAAAAUGGAAUCAUUUGGACUUUUUAUGGGCAAUUGAAGCCAAACACUAUUUGUAUGAUCGGGUCAUUAGUCUAAUGGAACGUUAUGAGGACUAAACAGUUACCUUU